CUACAGUUGAACGUGCCGUAGAGAAAAGCUAGGGUUUCUGUUCAUGAACUGCUGCGAAGCCAGUUUAAUGUAUUAUGAAUGGAGUGUAGGCUUCUCUAUUCCGGCGAUUUCUUUGUAGCGCUUACAGCCACCGCACUUUGCUGCCUCUUCGCCGUCGUCGUCGCUCUAUUCACCUUCCGAUCAAAAUCCAGGAAGCAAUCGAAAUCAGAAUCCAAGGCCUCGGUUUGUUCUUGUUCCUGUAAGGCGAACGGCGGUGUGGAAACGACGGCGUAUUUGAACGGCGGGGGGAGUUGCGGUCCUGGUGGUGGGAAACAGAUGGUUGAGAGUGGGCCUGUGGCAGUGGCGGCGGCGGAGAGGCUGACCGGGGCGUCGAUGAUGGAACAGCUGGUUCCGGAGAUCACGACUCAUGCGCUCAGCUACUUGGAUUAUCCCAGUCUUUGUCGGCUGUCAAUGACGAAUUCGCUAAUGCGGAAGGCUGCAAAUGACGACAAUGCGUGGAAGGCUCUAUAUCAUAAGGAUUUCACAUUGGAGCAGGAUAGUGUGACACCAGUUAAUGGAUGGAAAGCAUACUAUGCAGCUACAAGAGCCAUUAUGAACACCAAUGCUGAGUUUUUUAAGAUCAUCAAGGAGAAAUCAGUGCCUGCAAUGGGUCGUUUUUGGCUCAAGUCUGAUUAUGUAAAGUGUUUUCACGCCAAUGGAGAGUUCUUUACUGGUUAUAAUGCAGUGAUGGAAAGCUGGCAGGGUGCUUUUAACUGGGAGCAAAGUGCUGAUUUCCAGAUCCGGGAUGUGAGGGCAAGGGUGUUUCCAGAUGCUGCUUGGGUCUCCAUGAAAGCUUAUCUUCAGCAACCUGCACGGCCAUUUCACAUGACUAAUGUUUUUGAAUCCCAUAAUGGGAGGUGGUACAUGGUGCAUCAUCACUGUUCAAUAAUGCUUCUCCAUGGAGGUCCAGAGCAACAAAUUGUGCAGGGAUAAUUAGCUGCAAGCAUGAUAGAAGAUGACAAUUUAUAUGUUAGAGAAAGCUUGUAUAGUUUUGCUUUAUAUUAGGAGUGACUCACUUUGGAAUAUCUCCAUAAUUCCGUAUGUAUUUACUUUUCUCCAGUUUUAGGUUCUGGUGGAAGAGAAGUCGCAAGUUUCUUGCCACCCCGAUUUUCCAGGUACUGAUAAUCAUGGCCAUAUACAUGCACAGGAUGAGAAUUUUUUUUUCUUUUACGUUUUUUUUUUUUUUUUUUUUUUUUGGAAAUUUGGAAUUGACUUGUAUGAAAAGUCGGGGUAUUCUGUUUCAA